CCCCCGGCGGCCCCGGCUCUGUACGCCUGCACCAAGUGCAACCAGCGCUACCCCUUCGAGGAGCUCUCCCAGGGCCAGCAGCUCUGCAAGGAAUGUCGAAUUGCCCAUCCUAUUGUAAAAUGUACUUACUGCCGAUCAGAAUUCCAGCAAGAGAGCAAAACUAACACAAUAUGCAAGAAAUGUGCCCAAAACGUGAAGCAGUUUGGAACGCCCAAGCCUUGUCAGUACUGUAAUAUUAUUGCAGCAUUUAUUGGCACAAAAUGCCAACGUUGCACAAAUUCAGAAAAGAAAUACGGACCACCUCAGACAUGUGAACAGUGCAAGCAGCAAUGUGCUUUUGAUCGCAAAGAGGAGGGAAGAAGGAAGGUUGAUGGGAAGUUGUUGUGUUGGCUUUGCACAUUGUCCUACAAGAGAGUACUGCAGAAAACAAAGGAACAGAGGAAGAGUUUAGGAUCUUCACAUUCUAAUUCAUCAUCCUCAUCUCUUGCUGAGAAAGACCAGCAUCAUUCAAAACAUCAUCACCAUCAUCAUCAUCACCGUCACAGCAGCAGCCAUCACAAAAUCAGCAAUCUGAGUCCAGAACAAGAUCAGGGACUGUGGAAACAGAGCCAUAAAUCUUCUGCAGCUAUUCAGAAUGAAACUCCAAAGAAAAAACCCAAGCUGGAAUCCAAGCCAUCCAAUGGAGAUAGUAGCUCUAUAAAUCAGUCAACAGACAGUGGGGGAACUGACAACUUCGUCCUCAUAAGUCAAUUGAAAGAAGAAGUGAUGUCUCUCAAACGACUUUUGCAGCAAAGAGAUCAGACUAUCUUAGAAAAAGAUAAAAAGUUGACAGAGUUGAAGGCAGACUUUCAGUACCAGGAGUCUAAUUUAAGGACGAAAAUGAACAGUAUGGAAAAAGCUCACAAGGAAACAGUGGAGCAACUGCAGGCCAAAAACCGAGAACUACUCAAACAGGUUGCAGCAUUGUCAAAGGGUAAAAAGUUUGAUAAAAGUGGAAGUAUACUAACAUCUCCAUGAGGAAUUGGCUACUUACAUGAGGAUUACUACUCAAUGUACAUUUGAGUAAUUCUGUGAAGCCCUUAAAAUCCUGUGUAGUGGCAAAAUAUUUUUGCGCACAAGAUUACUCGGCAUGUUUCCUACACAUUUUUAUAACUAAUAUGCAGCUUUUUAGUUAAACUGUUCAGAUAAAGUACUUCAACUGGCUUGAAGAAAUUUUAUUAUUAUUUUUUUUUAUAUUGGGAACUUUUUUGCCAGCAAUAGUAUUAAACCAAUUGCAGAGGGAUAAUACCGCAAUGCUCUCUUUAAAACACAUCAUGCAAUAACAAAAUAGGUGUACUUUCUCCAGAGUUCAAAGUAGCAACUCAGUCCCUUAAACAAUGCUAACUUUGGCCAAAAGUUCAGUUUCAAGUUUAUAAAUCCUCAAGUACAACACUUUUGGAGUAAGAAUAUGGACACUGGGUUCUGGCAACUGUUCUUCUGCUUUAUAUUAAAAUAUAGUACAUUUAGGAUGGAAAUCAUGGUGCUCUUAAACUCAAAAGAUGUAUACAUGUGUAAAUAUAAUUGUAAGUUUAUUCUUAGUGAUAACAAGUGCGUAACUAGUGUUUUACAUUCUUGUGAUAGGAAUUUAUUGAAAGAUUAUCUAUUGUACAGUAUCAGAGGCAAAUUGUGGUUUUUGUAAGAUUACUGUAGAUUUUUUUCUUGCAAGUGCCUUUCUCCAACUGUUUAUUUAUAGGAAUGUUGGUAUUUUGUACAUAAUGUUUUAAAAUUAUGUUUGAUAAAUGUUUGUGUAUAUAAAUGUGUGUACAGAAGAAUCAAAAACAAAGAUCAAAGUUGCUAGUGCAGUGCUUGAAGCAGAAUUGAGAACUGGCUAGUUGAUGGACAAUGUGUAUUGACUUUUAACCUUAUUAGAUUGCAUUUGUGGGGUUUGUUGGGUCUGGUUAGUGCUUAUUAUGCCAAACAAUUCCCAAAUAAACAAUUUGUAUGUUUUGCCACACUAGACUAUAAUGUUUUAUGUAUUUUUUCCUCUAGUCCAGUGCUAACUUUUUUUAAUUUCAUAGCAAGCAUUGUAUUCCCAAUGUUAUAUCUUGAAUUAGCAGUAUAGUUAAUACUCACGACUUUUUUAAACUUGAAUAUUCAGUUUGUCUUGGUUUUAAAUGUACUUAGUUGCAACUUAUGAUCGGUUUUUAAAAAUUAACUAGAUUGACACGUACUUAGUUUAGUGAAAAUACACAUUGAGAAAAAACAGUAGGCAAAACUGGUUAGUAUGUUAAUAAAGGGAAUGGAUAUGAUGUCCAAUGAAAGCUGAUUGUUAAAUCCCUCAAAUGGAAUCUUCUGCUUUUACAUUCAGUUAAGUUUAGUUUUAGCUCUGCUCCUAAUGGAUAUUAGUACAAGUGUCUUAGUAAGAUGAAACAAUUUUGCAUAACUGGAGGUAUACUGUUGAGGAAAGCCAGUUCCAAACCAGCAUAACUUGGAAUAGUUUUCUGUCAGCUGGUAGCUCUAGUUCAGAUGUGGAUGUUGAUUUAGUAACUUGGGAACUGCUUGCACUUCAGUUAGCUUAUUGUCUGUUAGAUCUUGCUGUUUGGAGGACUAGUCCUCUAGCUAUCUGUCUAUCCAGGUGCUACUGAACUGUGAAUAACUUCAGUAGUUUAGAUAAGACUAAGUCUAAUGAAUAAUUAUAAUUUGGAAAAAUCAAGCCUGUUUAUUUCAUACAGUGAAGAUUCCAUUUUUUUUACAUGAAAAUCAAUUUGUAAGAUUUUAAAAACUUGUUUAAACUUACUAAUACAGCUAGGAUACAAAAUGCUGCUGCUAUCCUAUUGGGAUGUUAGUGUAUUGAGAGGGUUUUUUUUUAAAUAGAAAUAAUUUUUCUGACUUUCAUUAUUUCAAAAUAUUUUGAUACUGUGGGUUUUUUUCCUCCACCUUACUGGCCACCAGCAUGUAGUGCGUGUGAUUUUUUAAAAACAGAUUCAGAGAACCAUGCACAUCUAAUUGAUAAAUCAUCCCAUUAAGUGAUUCUUAUUCAAACCUACUGGAGCUGCAAUAAAAGUUGUCUUUUUUUUUUUUUAAAGGAGAUAUUGAAGUUCACUAUUGAUAAAUACUUGAGCUUUAUAGAUCCCAGUACUAAAAACAUUUAGGGGCUUCACAGUAUUUAGUUCUAAUUAAAUAUUUGAUCUCUUUAUUCUGUAACCUAACUUUGAACUUUAAAAAUGUAAACUAGCAAAUUGAAUCCCAGUCCUGAUGAAUGCUAUCCUGGAGCUGUCAAGUAUUGACACAAUGAACUGAUCUUUAAAUGUUGAUCUGCAAGGUGAUAUGAUGUACUGUAAUGUGCUUUUUAGCUUAUUUUCAGUUGUCUGUUAGCAUUGACACAUGAUUGCCAUUUUGGCUCAAGUUAUUUAUGUAUUUUAAGUGAAUAUUGCAGUCCCCUUCUUAGAUAGUAUGUGCAUUCUGCAGUGAAGCUAUUCAGCUAUCCACAUGUAUAGACUAUUGAAAUACUGUAUUGACACACAUCUGACUGACAUUUUGUACCUUUUUCUAAAUCCAAUAUUUCACAAUAAAAGCUUGUCAAAACA